UGAUCAUACCUGCCUGCCUUGGGUGUGGCCUCUACCUUCCGGGUUAUAGCACACAGUCACCAGAUAUGAAUACACAGCAUGAGAGCAUGGCUUUAGAGAUGUGUGGGCCAUUUGGAAGACGAUGAAGCAAAGUGAAAGUCUGAAGAUGGCAAACAGACUCGCCCUGUCCACUGCUGAAGGUGGAGAAAUAUACGUAAGAAGCAAAAUCCCUGAUUCCCUCUCAAUGUUGGAUGUCCUCCAUGCCAAUCAGUUUGAAGGAGAGAUUUUUGAUCCAAAACUCAGCGAGCAAGUGGAGGAAAACUUUUACAGAGGUGCCCCACCCAACUGGCUAAACUUCUACAUCAGUGAACAGGCAGAGUUAGGUGGCACUGGAUCUGCUUUUAUCAAACGAGAUGAAUAUGAAACCCUUAAAGAACGAAUUCACCACAGGAGAAGAAAAGGCCCUGGGACAUCAACUGUUAAACUGUUCCAUCAACAAGGAUGUGGGGGAACCACGUUGGCUAUGCAGGUGUUGUGGGACUUGAGGAGAACUUUCAGGUGUGCUGUUUUGAAAGGCUCAAGCUCAGAUGUAACAAAAGUUGCACAAGAUGUGGUCAACCUUUUUACAGCAGGUAGUCAAGGCCACCAGAAUACUGUGCUGUUGUUACUGAAUGAUGAGUUCAUUUUGGACACACUCCAGGACAGCAUUAUGGAGGAGAUUGCUGAACAGAAUCUGGAAAUUGAUAUGCCUGUGGUCAUUUUACUCAACUGCGUGAGAACCAGUGAUGAUGUUAUCCACCAAAAGGAACAUGCUUACAAAGAAAAACAAUCAUUGCAGAAGAAUGCGAGAAAAUCUAUUAUUCUCAAAAAAACACUCUCAGGCAAAGAGAAGGCACUCUUUGACAAGAAAAAAGAAGAGCUUAGCAAAAGAUUUGGUGAUCGAUGUGAACAGUUUCAUGGUUUUAAUAUUCUGCAGUCUAAUUUCUCUCAGGAAUACAUCAGGGAGGCAUGUGCUGUAUUAAAAGAUAUCAAAAGAGCAAAGAAACCACUGAAGAUGCAGCUUGUUGCCAUCCUUUCCCUGCUGAAUGCUUAUGUACCAGGUUCAUAUCUCUUGGAGUCUCAGUGCCUGGACUUCCUCAGACAUGACGACUAUGAAGGCCUUCCGCUGGAGGACCUAACGCAGCCUUUCAGUCAUCUCAUCAUUACCUUCCAACAAGAUGAAAGGGCUGAAAAAAAAGUUUCCGUAGCUCACACUAUGAUAGCACAGUGUUGUACUGAACUGUUGGCCGAUGCUGGUGUGACCAGAAGUGACACAGCAAGAAACCUCUUGAAUAAUUUUUGCAGAGAUUCGGUUCCUCCAUGUUUGCUUGGUUUUGUCAAAGACAUGCUAACCAAAAGAGAAAUGAAAAGAGAAGAGGAUCCAAUCAAUGGCAACGACAAAGAGAAGAAAGAAAAGUUUUCCAGAUUGAUUCUAGAUAUCACAAAGAUGGAGAGAAACGGCAAUGAUAAAAAGGAGGGCAAAAUCCAGAGUGUGUCAGUUUUGAAGGUGGCCUCAAAAACAUUUGAUCAAAACCCAUUUUUUCCACAAGCUCUUGCUCGUUUUUAUUAUAUUGAACUAGAAGACUACAACGAGGCAGAAAUUUGGGCAAAGGAAGCAAAGCAGAGAGACCCCCGGAAUUCAUAUGUUGCCGACACACUAGGCCAAGUCUAUAAGAACCACCUAAAGAACAAAAAGGUUUCUGACAAACCAAGAGAAAUUUUGCAGCUGGCCCAAAAAGCCAUUGAAGCGUUUGAAGAAGAAGAAAAACUUGCUGAAAAUGAACAUAUGAAAGGCAGGAAAGGAGGUGGGAAGACAAAAGUGUUGCGUGGUUUAAAUACCAGUGGGCAGUUUGGUUAUCUGGAGGUUUGCAGUCUUUUGUACGACCAACUUGUCAGUCAUGAUGAAAUUUGGAAGAAAGUUCUCACAAAGAAUGUGUCAUUGGGCUCUGUCCUAAAAUCCCUUGGAGAGGCUGUUGCAAAUAAAGACAAUCCAUCCUACAUUUCCAGAAAGACUGCCGAAUGCUACAAAAAAUGA